UGAAGGUGGAGAAGUGCUCGCCCGCCGGGGAGCUCCCGCUGCGCCGCUAGGGCGAGGCUGCUCCGCGGCGGGCGUGGGGCGCGCGGGGCUCCCGGACGGCGCCUGGUUUUCUGUUCUUUUUGGAACUCUGGCAGUGAAGAAGAGUUGGAGUCCGAGCCACUCGUUAGGUGCUUUCGCCUCGAUUCCUCCGAGCGGACCCACGCGAGCCCCACGGUGUCUGGGAUGGUUCUGCGCUCCCGGCCGCUAGAGCCCGGGUCUCUCCGGCAGGAAGCUGGGGGGCGCAGAGGCUGAGCUGCGCCGCCUCUCGAGGAUCCGCCGCGGGCUGCUCGGGGACCAAGGGCUGCAGGGUGAGAGUGGGGCAUUUCUGCGAGCCCGGGCCGAGGGCUGCGCGUGGCAGAAGGGCUGGAGCCCGGCGACCGAGACACGUUGGCUUCGGAGAAGGUUCCGCGUCGAGAACUCCCCGGCCGCUACUGAACUGCGCCCCAGGAGCCGGGCUAGGGGACAGCGCUCUCCCGUCGCCCCGCUACCGCGGCGCGCAGCGCGCAGGACCCUCGCAAACUGUCCCCCUCCACCGCCCCUGCCCCUGCCCCCUGAAGAAACUGCCGCCGCCGCCGCCGAAUUCGGGAUUCUGCAUUGCACUGGCCGGCCGCAGAGGGUCGGGCGCCUGCCUAGGUGGCUGCCAAGAGCCUGGUGAGCGGCUGCCCAGAGCCCGGCGGGCUAGGGGCGGCCGAGAGUCCAAGGAGAGCGCCCUCGGGGCACAGAGCGAAGCGGCUCGCGCCCAGAUCAUGCCCGGGAGGCUGCGAGCCGCCAGCGGCAGGAGGCCCUAGGCGGGCAUGGACCUGGCGUCCCGGCCCUAGGGACCCUCGAGCCUCCCAGCUCUGCUCGGACUCGCCGGACCGACGCAAUGGCCUCGGAGGUGGUGUGUGGGCUUGUCUUCAGGCUGCUGCUGCCUAUCUGCCUGGCAGUAGCAUGUGCAUUCCGGUACAAUGGGCUCUCCUUUGUCUACCUUAUCUACCUCUUGCUCAUUCCUCUAUUCUCAGAACCAACAAAAGCCACAAUGCAAGGACACACAGGACGGUUGUUGAAGUCUCUGUGCCUCACCAGCCUCUCCUUCCUGCUGCUGCACAUCAUUUUCCACAUCACGUUGGCCAGCCUUGAAGCUCAGCACCGCAUUGCACCUGGUUACAACUGCUCAACGUGGGAAAAGACAUUUCGACAGAUUGGCUUUGAAAGCUUAAAAGGAGCCGAUGCCGGCAAUGGAAUCAGAGUGUUUGUACCUGACAUCGGCAUGUUCAUUGCGAGUCUGGCCAUCUGGCUCAUCUGCAGAAAUAUCGUUCAGAAACCAGUGACGGAAGAUGCGGCACAAUAUAAUCCAGAGUUCGAGAAUGAAGAAUUGGCUGGAGGAGAGAAAGUGGAUCCAGAAGAGGCGCUGAUUUACGACGAGGAAUUUGAUGGAGGUGAUGGUGCCGAGGGGGAGCUGGAAGAAAGCACCAAACUAAAACUGUUCCGCAGGUUCGCCUCCGCGGCAUCCAAGCUCAAGGAGUUCAUUGGCAACAUGAUUACCACCGCGGGAAAGGUGGUUGUGACCAUUCUACUGGGCUCCUCAGGUAUGAUGCUGCCAUCUUUGACGUCGUCUGUAUAUUUUUUUGUGUUUCUGGGUCUGUGCACCUGGUGGUCCUGGUGCCGGACAUUCGACCCAUUGUUGUUCAGCUGCCUCUGUGUUCUGCUGGCCAUUUUCACGGCUGGACACCUGAUUGGACUCUAUUUGUACCAGUUCCAGUUCUUCCAAGAAGCAGUACCACCCAAUGACUACUACGCAAGGUUGUUUGGUAUCAAAUCAGUCAUUCAAACAGACUGUUCCAGUACUUGGAAGAUCAUAGUAAACCCAGAGUUGUCAUGGUACCACCACGCCAACCCCAUCCUCCUGCUGGUGAUGUAUUACACGCUGGCAACUCUUAUCCGGAUCUGGCUACAAGAACCCCUGGUGCAGGAGGACAAGACCAAGGAAGAGGACAGAGCCCUGGCCUGUAGCCCCAUCCAGAUCACGGCUGAGAGGAGGCGGAGCCUGUGGUACGCCACCCAUUACCCAACCGAUGAGAGAAAACUUUUAUCCAUGACCCAAGAUGACUACAAGCCAUCUGAUGGCCUGCUGGUGACCGUGAAUGGCAACCCCGUGGACUACCACACCAUCCACCCCAGCCUGCCUGUGGAGAACGGCCCUGCCAAGGCUGACCUAUACUCAACACCCCAAUAUCGCUGGGAGCCAUCCGGUGAAUCCUCAGAAAAGAAAGAGGAAGAAGAGGAUGAGAAAGAAGAAUUUGAAGAGGAAAGGAGCCACGAGGAAAAAAGAAGUGUGAAAGUUCAUGCCAUGGUCUCAGUGUUCCAGUUUAUUAUGAAGCAAAGUUACAUCUGUGCCCUCAUCGCGAUGAUGGCUUGGAGCAUCACCUAUCACAGCUGGUUGACUUUUGUGCUGCUCAUUUGGUCCUGCACUCUCUGGAUGAUUCGCAACAGGAGAAAAUAUGCCAUGAUCAGCUCUCCUUUCAUGGUUGUGUAUGGAAAUCUACUGCUGGUAUUGCAGUAUAUAUGGAGUUUUGAACUUCCAGAAAUUAAGAAGGUUCCAGGAUUUUUAGAAAAGAAAGAUCCAGGAGAACUUGCUUCAAAGAUUCUCUUCACCAUCACUUUCUGGCUCCUGCUAAGGCAGCACCUCACAGAGCAAAAGGCCCUUCGAGAAAAGGAAGCCCUUUUAGCUGAAGUCAAAAUUGGAAGUGAGGAAAAUGAGGAGAAAGACGAGGACCUUCAAGACAUUCCAGUGGAAGGGGAGCCUCAAGGGAAGGAGGAGGAAGAGGCAGCAAAGGAGGAGAAGCCAGAGAGAAAGAAGGAGGUGGAGGAGGAGGAGGUGGAGGAGGAAGACGACCAGGACAUCAUGAAGGUGCUGGGCAACCUGGUGGUGGCCAUGUUCAUCAAGUACUGGAUCUAUGUGUGCGGGGGCAUGUUCUUCUUCGUCAGCUUCGAGGGCAAGAUUGUGAUGUACAAAAUCAUCUACAUGGUGCUGUUCCUCUUCUGUGUGGCCUUGUACCAGGUGCACUAUGAAUGGUGGAGGAAAAUUCUGAAAUAUUUCUGGAUGUCGGUGGUUAUUUACACUAUGCUGGUGCUCAUCUUUAUAUACACAUAUCAGUUUGAAAACUUCCCAGGCCUGUGGCAAAAUAUGACUGGAUUGAAAAAAGAAAAGCUUGAGGACCUUGGUUUAAAGCAGUUCACAGUGGCUGAACUCUUCACCCGCAUUUUCAUCCCGACCUCCUUCCUGCUGGUGUGCAUCCUGCACCUGCACUAUUUCCACGACCGCUUCCUGGAACUCACAGACCUCAAGUCCAUCCCCAGCAAAGAAGACAGCACCAUCUACAGCCAUGCCAAAGUCAAUGGUCGCGUGUAUCUAAUAAUCAAUAGCAUCAAGAAAAAAUUACCAAUCCACCAAAAUGAAUUGGCCCACCCAGAAGGAAGUCUUCCAGACCUUGCAGCCAUGAACUUCACUGCCAGCCUGGAGAAGCCAGAAGUGAAGAAGUUGACUGAACUUGCAGAGGAGAAGCCAGAGGGGUGCUUGGAGAAGGGUGAGCCUGGGAAAGACAGCGAGGAGUCGGAGGUGGAGGAAGAUGAAGAGGAGGAAUCCGAGGAGGAGGAAGAAACAUCAGAUCUAAAGAACAAAUGGCAUCUGGUGAUUGACCGCCUCACUGUGCUCUUCUUGAAAUUCCUGGAGUAUUUUCACAAUCUGCAGGUGUUCAUGUGGUGGAUUCUAGAGCUGCACAUCAUCAAAAUUGUUUCAUCGUACAUUAUCUGGGUUUCCGUGAAGGAGGUCUCUCUGUUCAACUAUGUAUUUUUGAUUUCAUGGGCAUUUGCUCUACCGUAUGCCAAGCUACGCCGCCUGGCUUCCAGUGUCUGCACUGUCUGGACGUGUGUGAUCAUCGUCUGCAAAAUGUUGUACCAGCUUCAGACCAUUAAGCCCGAGAACUUUUCUGUUAACUGUUCCUUGCCAAAUGAAAAUCAAACGAACAUACCCCUUCAGGAUUUGAACAAGUCUCUGCUCUACAGCGCUCCCAUUGAUCCGACAGAGUGGGUUGGCCUCAGAAAGUCUUCUCCUUUGCUUGUCUACCUGAGGAAUAAUCUCCUGAUGCUAGCUAUUCUGGCCUUUGAAGUCACCAUUUAUCGCCAUCAGGAAUACUACCGGGGUCGAAAUAACCUCACAGCUCCUGUGUCUAAAACUAUUUUUCACGACAUCACAAGGCUGCAUCUGGAUGAUGGGCUGAUUAACUGUGCCAAGUAUUUCAUCAACUAUUUCUUCUACAAAUUUGGUCUGGAGACCUGUUUCCUAAUGUCAGUGAACGUGAUCGGUCAGCGGAUGGAUUUCUACGCCAUGAUUCACGCCUGCUGGCUCAUCGCGGUCUUGUAUCGCCGCAGAAGAAAAGCCAUCGCUGAGGUCUGGCCCAAAUACUGCUGCUUCCUGGCCUGCAUCAUCACCUUCCAGUACUUCAUCUGCAUUGGCAUCCCCCCUGCCCCCUGCCGAGAUUACCCAUGGAGGUUCAAAGAUGCCAACUUCAAUGACAACAUCAUCAAGUGGCUGUACUUCCCAGACUUCAUCGUGCGGCCCAACCCCGUGUUCCUUGUCUAUGAUUUCAUGCUGCUCCUCUGUGCCUCCCUGCAACGGCAGAUUUUUGAGGAUGAAAACAAGGCUGCUGUACGAAUCAUGGCCGGCGACAACGUCGAGAUUUGCAUGAACCUCGAUGCGGCCUCGUUCAGCCAACAUAACCCUGUACCGGAUUUCAUUCACUGCAGAUCUUACUUAGACAUGUCCAAAGUGGUCAUCUUCAGCUACCUCUUCUGGUUCGUCCUGACGAUCAUCUUCAUCACCGGGACAACCAGGAUCAGCAUCUUCUGCAUGGGAUACUUGGUGGCCUGUUUCUACUUCCUGCUCUUCGGGGGUGACUUGCUUCUGAAGCCCAUCAAGAGCAUCCUGCGCUACUGGGACUGGCUGAUCGCAUACAACGUGUUCGUGAUCACCAUGAAAAAUAUCUUGUCGAUAGGAGCUUGUGGGUACAUUGGAACGCUGGUGAAAAACAGCUGCUGGUUGAUCCAAGCUUUCAGCCUGGCCUGCACAGUCAAAGGCUAUAAAAUGCCUGAUGAUGACUCAUCUUGCAAACUACCGAGUGGUGAAGCAGGAAUUAUUUGGGAUAGCAUAUGCUUUGCCUUCCUCCUGCUUCAAAGAAGAGUGUUCAUGAGUUAUUACUUCCUACAUGUCGUGGCUGACAUUAAAGCCUCACAGAUCCUGGCAUCAAGAGGGGCUGAACUUUUCCAGGCCACAAUUGUAAAGGCUGUAAAGGCAAGAAUUGAGGAAGAGAAAAAGUCCAUGGAUCAGCUUAAAAGACAGAUGGAUCGCAUCAAGGCCAGGCAACAGAAAUACAAAAAGGGUAAGGAGAGGAUGCUGAGUUUGACCCAGGAAUCAGGGGAAGGCCAGGACAUCCAAAAACUCUCUGAAGAGGAUGAUGAAAGAGAAGCAGAAAAACAGAAAGCCAAGGGCAAAAAAAAGCAGUGGUGGCGGCCUUGGGUUGAUCAUGCUUCCAUGGUCAGGAGUGGAGAUUAUUAUUUGUUUGAAACGGAUAGUGAAGAAGAGGAAGAGGAAGAGUUAAAGAAGGAAGAUGAAGAACCACCCCGGAAGUCAGCUUUCCAGAGAGCUAUUGGGAAGUUUGCGUCAGCCAUUUUAGCCUUGCCAAAGUCUGUCAUUAAACUUCCCAAAACUAUUCUUCAGUAUUUAAUCAGAGCUGCAAAGUUUGUUUACCAAGCCUGGAUCACCGACCCUAAAACUGCCCUCCGACAGAGACGCAAAGAGAAAAAGAGAUCCGCAAGAGAAGACCAGAAACGAAGGCGGAAAGGCUCUGGGGACGGUGCGGUGGAAUGGGAAGACCGAGAGGAUGAACCUGUCAAAAAGAAAUCCGAUGGCCCAGACAACAUCAUCAAAAGGAUAUUUAACAUCUUGAAGUUCACCUGGGUGCUGUUUCUGGCGACCGUGGACAGUUUCACCACAUGGCUGAACUCCAUCUCCAGAGAGCACAUUGACAUAUCCACAGUUCUGAGAAUUGAGAGAUGCAUGCUGACCAGGGAAAUCAAGAAGGGCAAUGUUCCGACGCGGGAGAGCAUCCACAUGUACUAUCAGAACCACAUCAUGAACCUUUCCAGAGAGUCAGGACUGGAUACCAUUGACCAACGUCCUGGAGCUGCCGCAGGGGCACAGCCAGCGCACAGGAUGGAUAGCUUAGAUUCACAUGACAGUAUCUCCAGCUGCUACACUGAAGCAACCAUGCUGUUCUCAAGGCAGUCUACCCUUGAUGAUUUAGAUGGACCAGACACGGUUCCCAAAACAAGUGAGCGCGCACGGCCUAGGCUCCGUAAAAUGUUCAGCAUGGAUGUGUCCUCCUCAUCUGCUGACAGUGGCAGUUUAGCGUCAAGCGAGCCCACGCAGUGCACCAUGCUGUACUCACGCCAGGGAACGACGGAAACCAUCGAGGAGGUGGAGGCUGAGCAGGAGGAGGAGGUGCUGGGAGCAGCACCCCAGCCCGGGGAUGCUGAGGAGGAGGAGGACGAGGAGGAGGAGGAGGAGGGAGUAGAGGAGGCAGAGGAAGAGAGGGAGGAGGAAGAGGAGUUCCCCGUGGGGGCUGAGGACUGCAGCCUCACGCCGGAGGAGGAGCUGCCACAGUUCAGCACGGAGGACGGGGAUGUGGAGGCCCCACCCUCCUACAGCAAGGCCGUGAGCUUCGAGCACCUGUCCUUCGGCUCACAGGACGACUCCGGGGCCAAGAACCACAUGGUGGUGAGCCCCGACGACAGCCGCACCGACAAGCUGGAGUCCAGCAUCCUCCCCGCCCUGACGCACGAGCUGACCGCCAGCGAGCUGCUGCUGAACAAGAUGUUCCACGACGAUGAGCUUGAAGAGUCGGAGAAGUUCUACGUGGGCCAGCCCCGGUUCCUGCUUCUCUUCUAUGCCAUGUACAACACGCUGGUGGCACGCUCCGAGAUGGUGUGCUACUUCGUGAUCAUCCUCAACCACAUGGUCUCUGCCUCCAUGAUCACCCUCCUGCUCCCCAUUCUGAUCUUCCUUUGGGCCAUGCUGUCUGUACCCAGACCCAGCCGGCGCUUCUGGAUGAUGGCCAUUGUCUACACUGAGGUGGCAAUUGUAGUCAAGUAUUUCUUCCAAUUUGGGUUCUUUCCCUGGAAUAAGAACGUGGAAUUGAACAAAGAUAAACCGUACCACCCCCCAAAUAUCAUAGGAGUGGAAAAGAAGGAAGGUUACGUCCUUUACGACCUCAUUCAGCUCCUGGCUCUGUUCUUCCACCGCUCAAUAUUGAAGUGCCAUGGCCUCUGGGAUGAAGAUGACAUUGUUGAAAGUGGCACCGACAAGGACGAGUCCGACGAUGAGCUCUCCCUUGGUCAUGGCCGAAGGGGCUCCUGCGACUCACUGAAGUCCAUCAACCUGGCUGCCUCGGUGGAGUCGGUGCACGUGACCUUCCCCGAGCAGCAGAUGGCCGUACGCAGGAAGCGGUCUGGUGGCAGCUCCCAGAUCUCCCCAACAUCCAGCUUUUCUUCAAACAGGUCCAGAAGAGGGAGUACAAGCACCCGGAACAGUAGCCAAAAAGGCAGUGUUUUGAGCAUUAAGCAAAAAAGCAAAAGGGAACUCUACAUGGAAAAGCUUCAGGAACAUUUAAUCAAAGCGAAAGCCUUUACCAUAAAGAAGACUCUGCAAAUAUACGUGCCCAUCAGACAAUUCUUCUAUGACCUCAUCCACCCAGACUACAGUGCCGUGACCGAUGUCUACGUGCUCAUGUUCCUAGCUGACACGGUGGACUUCAUCAUCAUUGUCUUUGGCUUUUGGGCCUUUGGGAAACACUCAGCAGCAGCAGACAUCACCUCUUCCCUCUCGGAGGACCAGGUCCCGGGUCCCUUUUUGGUGAUGGUUCUGAUUCAGUUUGGAACCAUGGUGGUGGAUCGAGCACUCUACCUCAGGAAGACGGUAUUGGGCAAGGUCAUCUUCCAGGUCAUCCUUGUGUUUGGAAUUCACUUCUGGAUGUUCUUCAUCUUACCUGGCGUGACUGAGAGGAAAUUCAGCCAGAACCUGGUUGCCCAGCUUUGGUACUUUGUGAAGUGUGUCUACUUUGGAUUGUCCGCCUACCAGAUCCGUUGUGGCUACCCCACGCGUGUCCUCGGGAACUUCCUUACCAAGAGCUACAACUACGUCAACCUCUUCCUGUUUCAGGGGUUCCGCCUCGUCCCGUUUCUGACCGAGCUGAGGGCAGUGAUGGACUGGGUGUGGACAGACACGACUCUGAGCCUCUCCAGCUGGAUCUGCGUGGAGGACAUCUAUGCUCACAUAUUCAUCCUCAAGUGUUGGCGGGAGUCGGAAAAGAGGUACCCACAGCCCCGGGGCCAGAAGAAGAAGAAGGUGGUGAAGUACGGCAUGGGAGGCAUGAUCAUCGUCCUGCUCAUUUGCAUCGUCUGGUUUCCUCUCCUUUUUAUGUCUUUGAUCAAAUCCGUCGCAGGGGUCAUCAACCAGCCCCUGGACGUGUCUGUCACAAUUACCCUGGGAGGGUAUCAGCCUAUUUUCACCAUGAGUGCCCAGCAAAGCCAACUGAAAGUUAUGAACAAGACAACGUUUGAUAAGUUUGUAAAAGCUUUUACUAAGGACACUGGUGCUAUGCAAUUUCUGGAAAAUUAUGAAAAAGAAGACAUAACAGUAGCAGAACUGGAAGGAAACUCAAAUUCUUUGUGGACCAUCAGCCCUCCCAGUAAGCGGAAAAUGAUACAAGAGCUCAUGGACCUCAAGAGUAGCUUCUCUGUUGUUUUUUCAUGGAGUAUUCAGAGAAACAUGAGUCUGGGUGCAAAAGCAGAGAUAGCCACAGAUAAGCUUUCCUUUGCUCUUGAAAAUGUCACGCGAGAGAAUAUAGCCAAGAUGAUAGCUGGCAAUGACACAGAGAGUUCAAAAACGCCCGUGAUAAUAGAAAAGAUCUACCCGUAUUAUGUGAAAGCACCUAGUGAUUCUAACUCAAAACCUAUAAAGCAACUGUUAUCUGAAAAUAAUUUCAUGAACAUCACCAUUAUUUUGUACAGAGACAAUGCAACUAAAUCUAACAGUGAGUGGUGGGUUCUCAACCUGACUGGAAAUAGGAUCUAUGAGCAGCAGUCCCAGGCCUUGGAACUGGUGGUCUUCAAUGACAAAGUCAGCCCCCCAAGUCUGGGGUUCCUAGCUGGCUAUGGUAUCAUGGGAUUGUACGCUUCGGUGGUCCUCGUGAUUGGGAAAUUUGUCCGUGAAUUCUUCAGCGGGAUUUCGCACUCCAUCAUGUUUGAGGAGCUCCCAAAUGUGGAUCGGAUUUUGAAGCUAUGCACAGACAUUUUUUUAGUUCGGGAGACAGGGGAACUGGAACUAGAAGAAGAUCUCUAUGCCAAAUUAAUAUUCCUCUACCGAUCACCGGAGACCAUGAUCAAAUGGACCAGAGAGAAAACAAACUGAUAACCUUAGGACCCAGGCUGCAAAGAAAGCUAACAUUUGAAUUUUUUUAAAAAAGCACAAUAUUCUCAUAAGAGCUAAGCAUUUCUAGUUUGACGGAAAUGAUUUCUCUUCUGACCGGUGGCGGAAAGGAGCUGACUUCCUUUUGCAACAGAAGCUACCACAGCAGUGAGGGCGCUGUUGAAGGAGUUCCUUUUAAUUCCGUGUCUCUGACAUCAGGGCUAUUUGCUUUUAUGUUUUAGUCAACCGUGUCUUGCAUUCUGAUGGACAAUGUGAAGGAAUCACAUGCGGGCAUUCCCUACUACAGAGACUAGAGGGAGGAUGAGAGAAAGGCGCCUCCAAGUGGUACCCGGCGGGAUGGCGCCUUUGCUGGAGAGACGCUGUCCUGCAUCUAGCUCUCCAGCACCCAGCGGAAGCCACCGCGAGGAGACUGGAGGAGCCUUCAGCACACGCCAAGUAUAAAACAGCAAUAGGAGGCGGAAAACUCCCCACCCUGUGUCUUAGCGGGGAGAGAGGGGGGAAUGAACAAAUCCACAAAGAUGUCCCUGGAAGGAUAACGCCUCGCUCUAAGCAAAAAGAUACCAUUAGCGAUACUCUUACUGCCUUAUUGUAACUGAAGACGAAUAAGAAAUCUUUCCAUGAAACACCAGUGACUUCUCAGGAAAACAUUACAAGCAGCAAAGAAACUUCGUGGACACCUGCUUAGCUGAGACCCAGGAGUGGCUCACUGCGUUGAUGUGAGCGCUGUGCUUCGGUUUCUGCUCUUCGUGGAAACAGAUGUGGGACAAAAGACCCGAAGGCCAACCCAGUGGGAUGUGGAAUACUUUGACUUUGGAACUCUCGCGUAACUGAGGUCAUGAUGGCUCCUCUGCCUUUCCCCGUUCCCCUACACGCUUUCUGCCAUUUCCAUGAUUUACGGCAAUGGUUUUUCCAGUAUGUGACAUUUUCCUUCCUGUUUUUCAGGUAUAUCAAAGAGUUUACAUGUUCCAAUUCACAUUUUUACAUCUGAGACGGGUUUUUUAAGUUCAUAAUUAUGAAAGAAAUAUGUAUAUUGAGCUUGGGGAAAUAAAAAUGGCCUUUUCUUAAAUUAUUAUUAUUGGUAAUACAACCUCUUCAUUAAAUGACAAUGUAGCAUGAAAAACGUUAGGAUUGAAAUGUAGUUUUCAUUCCAUAUUAAAAUGCAGUUUCUGAGAAGAAGCAUUGAAUGGGCUAGAAUAUGUCAAAAAAAAAUGAUCCUGUGUAGUUUGGGUUCAGGGCUGACUUAAAAUAAAGCACAUCUUGCAAAGUCA